AUUGUUAUUUAUUUAAUUUAUUUAUUUUUUGCGUUUAACUUAAUUCUUAACAAAGGAAGCUGUAACAAGCUGUAACAAAGGAAUCUUACAGCCAUACAGUGCUGUGAAAAAGCUAUUGGCCCCACCCUAAUUCUUUCUUUUUGAUUUUUGUCUUUUUAAAAAUAUUUGUCACAGUUGGGAAGUUGGGAAAUAAAACAUAUAGAAAAAUAUACUGAUUAAAAUUAAAGCAAAGCAAAACAUGCAAUAACGAUAAAAUUAUACAAAUAAAACCAAAUAAUACAACAGAAAAGUAAUUAAAUAACAGUUUAUCCAUAGAAAUAGACGUUUAAUGACCAGUACGAAAAUGAAACUAAAUAUUACAACAGCAACAAAGGUACAUGUCAGACUUGACCCCGUAAGAAAAAUUUUAUUUAUGCGAAAUGUAUUAUUUUAAUUCCAUACAUUUCCAGCUUUGGGUGACGCCUGUCAUCAGACUAGCAGUCUCAGGCUUUUAUUUUGUAGGGUAAAUGACUCCACGUCAGGUCAUAAUAUCCGCUGCUUGCUAAGACUGGAUUGCACAUGUGCGUAAAGGCUACAAGCAUGUCUGCUGAGAUAGGAAGUUGGUUCUUUAACUCAUCGUGACAGAUUAUCAGUGAAGGUCUCUGACACAUCUGUGGAUUGAUGGACUUCUCGGGAAGCUGAUUCGAGUUUCUCCAGUGCAGAGGCUGCCCCUUGUAUAAAUAUGGCUGGAUUUAUUGCAAAUCAGCACAGGUUGCUGCUUGUAUUGAACAGAAGAUUUCACGCACCUUUAUCAGCCUCCCAGGUUGCCUUUUACUACGUAACAGCUUCACACCUGAACCCAAAGGACAGCAAGGUCAGCCCUGUAGCGAGGGGGCGCUCCAGGGUCCAGCACAAGCCUGCAGAAGGGCAGGAGCAUGAGGGGUCAACUCAAAGAAAAGUGUUUAAAAGUGAGAUCUCACUGCUGCAGAAGCAGAUGAGGGGAGAUGACUUCAGAGUGUCACCUGAACUCAGGAAACUGUGCUUGGAAGAUUUCCCUGCAGAGAGGGAGAGGCAGGUGAAGCAGAAACUUGCACCUGAAGCCAAAUCUAAGGACUGCGAGGUUGUUUUUGGCGUUGCUCCCUGCUUCUUGGCUCUCACUCAGGGAAGGAGGAGGGUCCGUAAGCUGUUUGUAAAAGAUGGCGAGGCCUCUCACAGGGCGUCUGUGUUGAAGGUGUGCGAGGAGGCUCAUCUGCAAGGAGUUCGAGUCCAUCGGGUCAGCAGGAAGGAGCUGGACAAGAUGUCCAAUGGGGGAGUCCAUCAGGGAGUGUGCCUGCUUGCCAGUCCCCUGAGCUACCUCACCGAGGACUCUGCACCCAGCAGGAAAGAUGCUCCACUGUGGCUCGUUCUGGAGAGAAUCCACGACCCCAUGAACCUCGGCGCCAUCCUGCGCUCUGCUUAUUUCCUCGGGGUGGACAGAGUCGCCAGCAGUCUUCGCUACACCUGCCCGCUGUCUCCAGUGGUCAGCAAGGCGAGCUCGGGCAUUAUGGAGGUGAUGGGGGUGUAUGGAUAUGAAAACCUUGCAGAGAUGUUGAAGCUGAAGAUGGAGCAGGGCUGGCAGGUGGUUGGCACAGUGGGACAGGAAGCAGAAGUGUCGCAGAUGCCCAUCACCAAGUGUUCAGACUUUAAAAUGACCAAACCCACGUUGCUGCUGAUGGGAGGAGAGGGAGAAGGACUCUCCAAGGAGCUGCUCUCCACGUGUCAGACACUUCUCACCAUCCCAGCGGGCAGGGAGCUGGUGCCUGGCAUCGAGUCUCUCAACGUUUCUGUAGCCACAGGCAUCCUGCUGCACUCUUUGCUGUCCUCCAGGAGCUCGUGAUUGUUUCCUGGGAUUUGUUGACUAUAUUUUCUCUGCUAUCUGUUAUUUGGCAUUGAUGUUAUUUGAUACUUGUUACUUGAUAUCAAUGUUUUAAGUCAUCUUACUGUGUAAUUUGUAUCUUUGUACAGCACUUUAGCCAACACUACUGUUGCAAUUAAAUGUGCUAUAUAAAUAAACUAAACAUAGGUAAACGUCCACAUUUUCAAACCUUAUCCAUGUGUGUUUUGAUUCAGUACAGGAGUACGUCCUGGUCGCCCAGCAUCAGGACUGUGUAGUGUCUAUUAUUUUUUAUGUCUUUUGCUCACAUUUUAAGGUAGGUUUCUGUAUAAUCAAACAUGGAUUUGGGUACGCCAAAGUUUCAAGGUGCAAAAUGUCCUCCACGUGUCAGUUUGAGGAACUUUUGAUUGGACAAUUGAAGCAUGAGGACCAAGCGUGACAGCUACACUUUUACUGUGUUUUGCUCCACACAAGGUUUCUUUUAUCCCCCUCACAAAUGUUGCUGUCCUCCUCACAGACCCUUGGUUGUGUGAUGAUACAGUAAAUCUAAUUAUGAUUUUUCUGCAUUUGCAAAAAAAUAUUUGGUAACACAGUGUUUCUUGUUUAAGUUUUGGUCCUCCUCCAGAGGCCUGGAUGUUUGAGGAUUUGAUGGUUCGGCUGCACCUUCCUGAACAGAGACCUCUGAUGUUGUUCCCAGAGACUGUUGGAGCCAUGAUUCCAGCUCCUGUUACCAGUGGGAUGCUUUGAUUUUACCUUCCAGUUGUUCCUUGAGCCACUGGGAAUUCUUGAUUAUCUCAUAUCCUUUCUAUCUAAUGCUACUGUCAGCUGCUAUUGCCCAAUCUAUCACAGCUGCUGUCUUCUGCUCUUUUGCAAUCACCGCUAUCUCUGAUUGGUUGGCCAGCAGCUGCUUGUGUAUCCCACAAGAUUCUCAUCCACCUCAGAGGUGUCUCCCAUCACAACAGAUAGGUUCCAACCCCUACCCGCUACUUUAGGUUGGAUAAGUGGUGGGUAGGGAAUGGCAAAUAACUUUUCACACUAUUCCUCCAAAAAUGUGU